AUGGCCGAAACAGGAACACGGUCAAACGCGGAAGAGGUCGCACACGAUGACCUCUGCCCCAUCUGCCAGCUACUCCUCUUUACGCCCGUCAAAACUCAGUGCAACCAUCUGCUAUGUGCGUCAUGCAUGGCACAGUGGUCCGACGCCUCCAAUACAAAUCGCAUCGAACAUUCAAGCUGGGACGUGAACCUCGCAGACUUCGACCCAAAUUAUGAUCCCACGUAUGACCUUGAAGCAAACUGUCCCAUGUGCAGGACUCGCACCACUGCGGCCCCGGAUAACGCGCUGGCGAGGCAGUUGGAACACAAGUAUCCCAUCACAUAUGCCGAGAGACGGGUAGAGGAGGAAGAGGACAGGGGAUCGCGCAUCGGGCGUGAUGGCUUUGAGGGUGUCAUGAUCCUCAUAGGCAACAAGCACAGGCCUAUCAGGAACCCCGGCGAUGACAAUGAGCACGACUGGACGUUUUUUGUGCGUACAUCGAGACCGGACUUGAUCAAGGAAGUACACAUCCAUUUGCACCAUACGUUUCGGCGAAACCACGUCAUCCUCCGAAAGCCGCCUUAUGAGUUCAAAGCUCGGGGCUGGGGAACCUUCGUCAUUCGCACCGAGAUCGUUCUAAAGCAGCCAUAUAAUUGGAUCAUCGAUAACGCUGGCACCAGGCAACAGGCACUUGAGCUCGAAUGGGAACUUGACUUCGAAGGCAGAGGCAGGCAGGGCCGCGUGCGAGCGAAGGUCAACAAAGCCAACGUGGAAGCCAGUCAGACCGGUCGUACUUUGCGGGCAAGGCGUCCACCCCCAGCUGACCCUGAUCCGGAUGAGGAUGAUGAAUUAGACGACGACGACUAUCAGGCAGCUGAGGACGACGAAGAUGACGACGAAAGCUCAUCGGACGAGGACUUUGAGGAAGGCACUAGUGACUACGUUGAGCCGUCCAGAAGAUAG